ACACUGCAGUUUGCACCGUCAGACACCACACUGGGCUGCAGGGAACCUGGCCCUGGAUUCCGUGUAAAGGACUGGGGGUGUGUGGUGGCCCAGGCGCAUGCUCUGAUCCCCUCCUCCUCCCAGGUCCUGGACGCCUCCUCGCUGAGCUUCAGCACCAGAUUGAAGUGGUUCGCCGUCUGCUUCCUGAGCGGCAUCUUCUUCUCCAUCCUCGGCACUGGCCUGCUGUGGCUUCCCGGGGGCAUCAAGCUUUUCGCCGUGUUUUACACCUUCGGGAACAUUGCUGCCUUAGCCAGCACAUGCUUUCUGAUGGGGCCCUUCAAGCAGCUGAAGAAGAUGUUCGAGACCACGAGGCUGCUCGCCACCAUCAUCAUGCUGCUGUGCUUCGUGCUGACGCUGUGCGCUGCUCUGUGGUGGCAUAAGAAGGGGCUGGCCGUGCUCUUCUGCAUAUUGCAGUUCCUGUCCAUGACCUGGUACAGCCUGUCGUACAUCCCGUAUGCAAGGGACGCCGUCAUGAAAUGCUGUUCUUCUCUCCUGAGUUGAAGACCAGAACCUCUUGGCAGAGCGUCUGGGAGUUGCCGUUGGUUUGGGGAGUGUGUUUUCCUGAGCCGGUGACCGCCCCUCCCCCCGUGGCCGUUCAGGGCCGCGUGCACCGUGGAACCCGCGGCGAGUGAACUGUGAUGCUCCCACCACUAGGUCCCGCCAUUCAUUGCUCUUCCCCACGGAGGCUAAUCCCCCCGACUGUGAAUGAUCUGUAGCGUUUUCUAAUCCUUCCUAAACAGCAUUUGAUUGUGAAUGUCCAGGGAUAAGUCUCCGCUGCAUGAACUUUGUUGGCUUUUCUAAAAUGUCAAGAUUUAAAAAUACUUUAAAUGUGAAAGUUUUUACUUUAAACUAAGAAUCGCUUAUCAUAUGUAAUAAAAAUAAUAUAUAAAUCUUUACAAUUUUAAAAUAA